GCAUUUCUGUAAUGACUAAUGAUCGUGAGUAUUUCCUCAUGUGUCUGCUAGCCGCCUGAAUGUCUUCUUUGGCGAAGUGCCUGUUCAUAUCCUUUGCCCAUGGGUUGUGUUUUCUUGAAGGCAGUGGAAGUUGUUGGAAAUUAUGAUGGAGAAAGCAGUGAUGAGCUCAGAAAUGGAAAAAUGAAGGCGUUUCUCUCAUUAGCACGGUUCUCAGAUACUCAGUACCAGAGAAUUGAAAACUACAUGAAAUCAUCAGAAUUUGAAAAUAAGCAAGCUCUUCUGAAAAGGGCCAAAGAGGAAGUGGGCCUCCUUAAGGAGCAUAAAAUUCAGACCACCAGAUACACAGUAAAGGUUCAGCGAGAGCUGGAGCUGGAUGAAUGUGCACUCCAGGCACUGAAAGAGGACCGUAAACGUUUCCUGUGUAAAGCAGUUGAAAAUUACAUCAACUGCUUGUUAAGUGGAGAAGAGCAUGAUAUGUGGGUAUUCCGACUUUGUUCCCUCUGGCUUGAAAAUGCUUCAAUUUCUGAAGUCAAUGGCAUGAUGAAGAGAGUUGGAAUGAAGAUUCCAUCAUAUAAAUUUUUGCCUCUUAUGUACCAAUUGGCUGCUAGAAUGGGAACCAAGAUGAUGGGAGGCCUAGGAUUUCAUGAAGUCCUUAAUAAUCUCAUCUCUAGAAUUUCGGUGGAUCAUCCCCAUCAUACUUUGUUUAUUAUACUGGCCUUAGCAAAUGCAAAUAAAGAUGAGUUUCUGACCAAACCAGAGGCAGCAAGAAGGAAUAGAAUAACAAAAAAUGCACCCAAACAAAGCUCUCAGCUUGAUGAGGAUCGAACUGAAGCUGCAAACAAAAUAAUAUGUACUAUCAAAAGUAGGAGACCUCAGAUGGUCAGAAAUGUUGAGGCACUUUGUGAUGCUUAUAUUCUGUUAGCAAACUUAGAUGCCAGUCAGUGGAAGACUCAAAGAAAAGGCAUAAAUAUUCCGGCAGACCAGCCAAUUACUAAACUUAAGAAUUUAGAAGAUGUUGUUGUCCCCACUAUGGAAAUUAAGGUCGACCCUACAGGAGAAUAUGGAAAUCUGGUGACUAUACAGUCAUUUAAAGCAGAAUUUCGUCUAGCAGGCGGUUUAAAUUUACCGAAAAUAAUAGAUUGUGUAGGCUCUGAUGGCAAGGAAAGGAGACAGCUUGUCAAGGGCCGUGAUGACCUGAGACAAGAUGCUGUCAUGCAGCAGGUUUUCCAAAUGUGUAAUACAUUACUGCAGAGAAACACUGAAACCAGAAAGAGGAAGUUGACUAUCUGCACAUACAAGGUGGUUCCCCUAUCUCAACGAAGUGGUGUUCUUGAAUGGUGCACAGGAACUGUCCCCAUUGGCGAGUUUCUUGUUAACAAUGAAGAUGGUGCUCAUAAGAGAUACAGGCCAAAGGAUUUCAGUGCCUAUCAGUGCCAAAAGAAAAUGAUGGAGGUGCAAAAGAAGUCUUUUGAAGAGAAAUAUGCAGCCUUUAUGGAUAUUUGCCAGAAUUUUCAGCCAGUUUUCCGUUAUUUCUGCAUGGAGAAAUUCUUGGACCCAGCUGUUUGGUUUGAGAAACGAUUGGCUUACACCCGCAGUGUGGCUACUUCUUCUAUUGUUGGUUAUAUACUUGGACUUGGUGAUAGGCAUGUACAAAAUAUCUUGAUAAACGAACAGUCAGCAGAACUUGUACAUAUAGAUUUAGGGGUUGCUUUUGAACAGGGUAAAAUCCUUCCUACUCCUGAAACAGUUCCUUUUAGACUCACCAGAGAUAUUGUGGAUGGGAUGGGCAUCACUGGUGUUGAAGGAGUCUUCAGAAGAUGCUGUGAGAAAACUAUGGAGGUCAUGAGAAACUCUCAGGAAACCCUGUUAACCAUUGUAGAGGUCCUCCUGUAUGAUCCUCUCUUUGACUGGACCAUGAAUCCUUUGAAAGCUUUGUAUUUACAGCAGAGGCCAGAAGAUGAAACUGAACUCAACUCCACUCUGAAUGCAGAUGACCAAGAAUGCAAACGAAAUGUCAGUGAUAUUGACCAGAGUUUCAAUAAAGUAGCUGAACGUGUCUUGAUGAGACUGCAAGAGAAGCUGAAAGGAGUGGAGGAAGGAACUGUGCUCAGUGUGGGUGGACAGGUGAAUUUGCUCAUACAACAGGCCAUGGACCCCAAAAAUCUCAGCUGGCUUUUCCCAGGAUGGAAAGCGUGGGUGUGAUCUUCAGUGUAUGAAUUACCCUUCAAUUCAACCUUUUAGAAAUUAUAUUUUGGCCUUAUUUUUAACCUACCCACAUACUUUGAACAGCAGGUAUUAGUAUUUAACUAAGUGAACUACAGUGCUUUAAAAAAAAAAAAACGCUGAUUAUUUUGAAACUUGAUUUAAAACCACCCAAGGAUGCUUUGAUAGUCUCAAAGAACAUUUCCUCUCUCACAGUUUACAAAUAGUUGUCAUUUGUGCUAUGCUUCUAGACUGAACUUUUAUAUUUCUUCUCAAAUACAUAUUUGUAUCAUUCUCAAUAAGGUCACUGGCUUAUGCAUUAGCUGAAAACAGUGCGAGGAGGAGUGCGAACACAUCAAUGACAGUUUUUAGUAUUAAUUAGAACAAAUGACUAUACUGCUAGUUUUGAUGUGGCUUUUAAUUAUAACUUGUUCCCCACAUAUUAUAUAUGAAUGAAAAAUUCUUUGAUAUUAAUAUAUAAAAGGGAGAGGGAAACUAUAAAAUUAUAACUAUCUACUUUGUGUCAUGGUCAAUCUCACCUAUAUUAAAAAUGAGAAACAGUGUUGAAAUUAGUGUUUAAGAAAUGCGUUUGAAUUUUCAGUAACAAGAUUGCCCAGUGUACUUAAUAAUCAAGUUAUUAUAUUAUGGAGAACAAAUUUUACAGACACAGUGUGGUUACUGUUUUUUAAAAAUGUAUAGUGGACCUUCUUAUUCUGUUCUCUUUAAAUGUUAAACCCUUCUAUAUUUUUCAUUACUUUAUCUUUCUGUGAUGAUGUCAUGGUUGUUUCUUCAUAUUUGUCUUCUUGUUCAUGACUUCUGUCUUCAGCUGUAUAUAAUCUCCUUUUUAACCUAAUUACUGGGUUUCUUUCAAAAAAUUUUUUUUAUUUCUAGCUAUGUAUCAUUCUUAAGAUCUGCCUAUUAUUUUUUUCAUGAUACUAGUUUUAACUUUUCAGUUCCUUCUUUUAUGUCACUAAUCAUUUUAAGGAGCGCUGGUGGCAAAGUGGUUAAGAGCUCAGGCUGCUAACCAAAAGGUAGGCAGUUCGAAUCCACUGGCCACUCCUUGGAAACCCUAUGGGGCAGUUCUACUCUGUCCUAUAGGGUCGGUAUGAGUUGGAAUUGACUCAGUGGCACACAAUAAUGGCAACAAAAAACAAUCAUUUUAAGCAUACUUACCUAUAUUUAUUUAAUAACUCUAUUAAAUGACAUUUUCAGGGGUCUAAUCCUGCUGUUUGUAUCUGUUGGUUCUUUCAUCUGGUGGACUGUUUACCCACGUAUUUUGUAAUUUUGAAAUGUAAGUUUGUUUUCAGCAGGCUUUACAUGUGGGAAUCUUGAGUAAUUUCUUCCAAAUCAGUCUUGUGUCUGCUUAUGCCAUAUGCCCAGGAGUAUCACUGACUUAGGACCACUCUUAUUUUAAUUUCUUGGCUUCAAGGUAUCCAGGCCUCAGGACUAGUAUAAAGGUUUCAUCUGUCCCCAGGUAGAUACUAAAGCUGAAACUCAUAGAUUAAUAAGAUUGGCACAUUGUGCCAGGACAGCUACUCAUCAGCUCACACACUUAUUUCUCUGGUUUUCAGUUUCCUUUAUUUUUAGCCCUAAGGAUUUCCCCUUACUUUCUUACAAAUUCCACUGUCCAUUUAAAAGAACAUUUGGUACGUUUUAUCCAGCAUUUCUGUGUGUUUUGUUGGAAGGGGAGGAUUCAGGUUAUCUAGGUUUGAGAUGUGCUAGAAAUUGAAGUUUUUCCUGUCCCCAUAUUCUCUCAGAUAAAUAAGUAAAACUUGUUUAUUAGUGAGUACUUGUGUGUUAGUGCAUAUAAUCCCUCCUGCAUCCUUAAAAAAAUGUUCAUACCAGCUUGCAGAGAUUAAGAAAUGGAUGAAUGUACUAUCUUAUUAUUUGUUCCUUAGAAGGUUAACUAAAUACCUUUUUAUUAUGCAGUGUUGGCAUUUCUUUUUACUGCCAGUGGCCAGCACUCACUCAUAUCUGGUCUUCUCACUUUUACCCCAACCUCCCACCUCUCACCAAACAAGUCUCCUUAACUUUUUGGACUGUAAAUUUCUAGGUUUGCUUUCUGGGAAACUUCUUUAAAUCAGUUUGCAUUUCAAAUUACAAAAUUAUCCUGAUUCAUCUAUUUCUUAUAAGCUGCCUAAAUGAAUAUUUGAUAUAUGCCGGCAGUUUUAUUACUAUAGUUAGUGAUCAAGACACUGUAAUAAACUUAGAAUGCCUUUAUUUAAGGAAGCCUUGAAAUCAUCAUGGAUGGAAUAGGGAAGUUAUCAGCUGGAUAAUAAUACAGGUAAAUGAGUUUGUAGCUAAUUCUAGUUACUUGGUACAUUCAGAGAGCUUUGAAAAACAGAUCAUUAAUCCAUCCUUCAACCUUGAUUGGUAUACCAUAAGGCUCCUGUCUUAUGUGAACUUUUCUUAUCACAGUAUAGACAAGUCACACCAAAUUUGCAGAUAACAAACCUAAGAGGAAUAGCUAAGUCACAGAAUGACAGUUAAGAUUCAUAAAGAUUUUGGCAAGCUGGACCACUGUUUAGAAA